AUGCAGGAGCAGCAAGACACCACCGUGAGGGACUUUAGUUUCCUUCUCCGCCCGGAGAUAUACCACCCGCUCACUCCUCUGAACGUCCCCCUUGCCUUCCGCAACUCACCCAAACAGCCCAGCCCAGAUACCUCCUUGGAGGAGUUACUAGCCAAGGGAUUCUACCGCGCCGCCGCGAUAGCAGCGGUCCAAGAGCUUACGUCGGCGGCCCCGGGGUCCCCGCGCAUAGAUCCCACGGACCACAAGAAAAUCUUCAACCUUCUUUACGUACGGUUAUCAUGUCUAACCCUCAUCGAUGCCAUGCCUCAGGCGGCGCAGGAGGUCAAGGCGUUCGAGGACAUGAACAAUCCCAUGUUGUACAUUGAUGAGCUGACGGGAGAGCACCUUGUACCUUGGGACCUUCGCGUGUUGAACGUAAGGCUUCAAGCCCUCGGGUUUGGUGACCCGAGGAGGGCCGUCAUGAGUUUCCACGACCUGGCCCGUGAAGCGCGGGACAAUAUCGCCAGGGCCAAGGCUGCCCAUGAUAAUUCGGCAAGGGAGCUGUGGAAGGACAGAUUGCACACACUGGGGAUUAAAAUCGCCGGUGCGCUCAUCGAGAUGGAUGACUUAUCCGGCGCGGCGUAUCAGCUCUCCACAUUGAAGGACCGCGAGGAUGGCAAGGUGGCGCUUUCAAGGGCGCUGUUAUGGCUUCACAUUGGUAACGCCGAUGAGGCAAGGCAUGUGAUCUCUAGAAGCGGAUCCUCGACGAAGGUGGGCGAGAAGGUCGUCCUCGCUCUCGCCGACAUGGCAGAUGGGGAAUUUGAAGCCGCGCUGGAUAAGUGGCGGGCGAUCAACGAAGAUGAAGAGCAGGGAGAUGAAAUGGUUGGCAUGAACAUGGCCGUUUGCCUCUUAUACAUGGGCAAGAUGUCAGAGGCAAGGGUCUUGCUCGAGGAUCUAGUGCAACAAGGAUUCUCUUCGCACACUCUUCUGCAAAAUUUGUCGACCAUCUAUGAGCUAUGCACUGAACGAAACAAGAAGGGCCUCAAGUUGAGGUUAGCGGAGAAGGUUGCUUCCAUGGAAGAGUCCGAGAGGGGAUGGGAGAGAUUGAAUGUGGACUUUAAGCUGUAG